AUGGGGAAAUUGUUGGAUGAAAUUGGUGUUGAUCAUGAUGGCAAACUAGAAGAAUGGAAGGAUAAUAUACAGGAUUAUUUUUCGAACAUAAUUACUCUUCAGAAGACGUUAGAAACACUUAAAUCUCAUAAAGCAGCUGUUGAAAAAGAGAAGCUAGAACCAGUGAUUGUGAAAGGUAGGCCAUUCAGAUAUACAGUAAAUCUUAAUUUUGUGAAUAAUCUAAUGAUAGAUUAUAGGUUAUUUUGACAAGUCACAACUCUAAAUUUUUUUCAUAAUUAAUUUGUAACAUGUAAUAAAAAUAUUUUGAGGGACCCUAGAUUUCAAAAUUCCCUGGCGGGAAAGCAUGUCCUCAUAGGGGCAUAGACGCUCAUAGGGGCAUAGAGUGGCUCACACCUUUUGCACUCAACAUUCACCCUCAAAAAACUAGGGCCCUAUCUACACCACUGCUAAUCAGAAUACAAAUUUUGUCUCUGGUUGCAGAUAAGUUGAUGGAAUAUGAUUUGAAUAUAAAACGAUGUGAGAGAAAUUUGGGAACUGGAACGCCCACCAAGUUAUUAAUAAUAACAUUUAAUAUCCAUCUUUGGUUAAAAAAGUACAAUGGAUUUACAAGAAGUGCUAAGGUUAAAAUUGAUAAGAAGAAAUUUUACUAUUAUUUAUAUCAAUGUUGCUAA